AUAACUUAGUUAAUUUUUCAUUAUUCGUUUCACACUUAAUUAACAAAUCAAAACCACAACACUUACAUACUUUGACCGGUAGAGCUAAUAAGCUAAGCUAAGCUAAGCACUUGGCCAAAUCCCAUAAUAGCUACCCCACUCUGAUCUUUUUUGGGUGGGAACCGCCAAACAGUAGAAGCAGCCUCUUUUUUUUUUUUUUUUUUUUUUUUUUUUUCUUGAGAAGAAAAGGUUAGAGAGAACAAUUAGAAACCCUCCCUUUUAUUUUUCUUAUUUCCUUUUUUUCCUUGACCAACAAAAACCCUAAAUUCAGCUUUAAUCUACAUAUAGUAAAAAGAGAAAAGAAAACCCAUCAAUUCAAAACCAAAGAGGGUUUUCUUUUUCUUCCCUUUCAUCCUAUCAAUUUCAUUGAACUCUGUUCUCUCCCUUUUAAAAAAAUACUAGUACCCUUUUGCUCUAAUCCAAAAAAUAAGCCAAACCCAUUAUAGAUAUCCCAGUUACCGAUCAGAAAAAUUGCUUUUUUAAGAUUUAUAUUUAUUUAGUUAUAUAUAUGGCUAGUACUUUCUGAUCAUUGUUCUCCUUCGAGAAACCCUCUGUUUUUUUUUGGGGUUAUCUUUUUCUCUCUCUUCUUUCUCUGAUCAUAAUAAAUGAGUCUGUUUGUGUAAGCAAAUCUCUCUGAAACUUCAUAUAUAUCUCUGUCUAGCUAAGCUAAGUUCUAUUCCACGUCUUACCAAUUCUUUCCUUUGUUUUUCGCUUCUCUCUCUCUGUUCUCCAGAAGCAAUGGACUCUGGUAACAGUGGGAGUAUGCAAUCCUCGAGCGGUGGAGACGAAGAGUACGACUCACGCGCCGAAUCGAUCUCUGCCCUUUUGAGCUCCAACCCUCAAGGCCAUAUGGGCAGCCACCACGCGCCGCAACAGCAGCACACCCACCAGCACCAGCAGUCCUCCAUGUUCGACCCUUUAUCCAACUUCUUCGAUCCGACAACAGUCUCUUCCCGAUCUCCGCUCAAUCUUGACAUGGCCUGGCCCAGAACCUUACGAUCCGACCCGAAUUCAAUCGAUCUUGGAUCCGGGUUGAUGUCUUCGUCGUCAGCCCAGAACCAAAGCCACCCAUUUUUCACAAAUAGCCAAUACGGACAAGGACAGAACAGAGGCAGUGGAUUCGGAAUCAGCGGAGUUGGAGGUGGAGUGAGCCUUGCCGGCAACGUAGGCGGCGGAGGUGGAGUCGGGCUUGGCUCGAGUCACACUUUUCAGGGAAUUCAGAUCCCACUCGAGAAUAAUAAUAGUAAUAAUAAUAAUGGUCCAAGAGGUACAAACCCAGGUGCGAUUUCUGGAACUUCAGCUCAAAACGACGGGAACAACAAUGUCGUUCGAAAUCCGAAGAAGCGGUCAAGGGCUUCUAGGCGUGCACCCACCACAGUUUUGACCACUGACACCACCAAUUUCCGAGCCAUGGUCCAGGAAUUCACCGGGAUCCCGGCCCCACCUUUCACCUCCUCACCUUUCCCGAGAAGCACAAGAUUGGAUCUCUUUGGCACAGGGGGAGGAGCCGGUUCUUCCAUGAUGAGAUCAGGACCGUUGGAUUCACCGCCGCCCUAUAUUUUAAGACCUUUUGCUCAAAAGGUUCAGGCUCCCCAGCAACACCCAACGACGUCGUUCAUUCCUCCAAUCUCAUCUUCAAGUAGUGCUUCCAUGGCUUCAACUUCAACUGCCAUUAACUACCAACAACCACCACCGGGAGGCGGAAGCGGUAGCGGAAAUGGAGGACAGAAUCCUCUCUUGAUGCAAAACCCAGUUCUGAAUUUCCAUUCCUUGCUUCAAGCUCAGCCUAAAUUCUCAUUAUCCAAACCUCAGACGUUAGGACCGUUGGAUCAUCAGAUUUCUCAUCACGGGCUUGAAGACUUUGGGCUGAGCCACCAUGGGCUCAGUGGGCUUCCCAAUCUCAUGUCGUCCGAUCACUUACCACCGAGGAGCGACGGCAACCAUCCAACCACGACGUCGUCUCCGCCAACGACAACUGCUACACCCAACUGGGGUGAUGAGGUCGGAAUGGGUUUAAACGACACCAACAAUAAUAACAAUCGAAGCGGAAACGACAACAACAACAACAACAACGUAGAUCAUCAUCAUCAUCUUCUCAUGAGGUCAAUCAAUGGCGGUCCUACUACGAGUAAUAGUAAUGGUAGAGGGCCAGAGAAUGUAACAACCAGAACUGAAGGUAUGGUGGAAUCAUGGAUUUGCUCUUCAGAUUAAAUACUUAGUCAUCACAUAUAUAUAAACCAAAUUAUAUAUCAAAAAAAAAAAAAGAGUAUGAAGCAUGGUGAUUGAUUAUAUAUGAUGAUGAUGCAUGAUAGAGAAUCUUUUGUCUCUUCUCCAUCUAAAACCAUGGCGCUAUACCAACAUGAUGAUAUAUAUUAUCAAACACUUUUUUUUGGUUUUAAAUUUUUUUCUUCUUUUUUAUUACAUAUAUUAAUAUAUGUAAAUAACCAACAUCGUAUUUCUUUCUUAUGAUAUCCUUUCAGAUUUUGUUAUAUAUAUACCAAAAAAAAAUUUCUUGCUGCAUCAAAUAUUUAUUAUGUCAUUAACUUAUUCGGAAUAGUAAAAUAUUUGGUUAUAAUCUGCUUGUUUGACCAGUGGUGGUACUGUAUAAGCAGACCAAUACAGACAAAUAAUUAACCUGCUAUAUAUAAUACGCGUUUUCCUCGUACAUUACACUUCUAUGGAUAAACUUCAUUUUAUCUAAUUAAUUUAAAUGAUUAUUAUUACA